AUGAAGUUCUCCACCGCGGCGACUCUGGGCUUUUUGGGCUGUGCCCUCGCCUUGCCCGCACCUGUUGACCAGGAAGCCGACCUGCCCUUCCCUCUUCCAUCUGGCCUCUCUGGUGGUCUCCCAUUCUCUCUUCCUUCGGGUCUACCUACCGGUUUCCCAACCGGCCUGCCGUUCCCUAUACCGUCUGGCAUGCCCACUGGUUUUCCCUUCCCUAUUCCAUCGGGUCUACCUACCGGCUUUCCAAGCGGUCUGCCAUUCCCGAUUCCAUCCGGUUUGCCCGGCUUCCCCGGACUGGGUGGUAUCGGAGGCUUCGAAAAGCGCGAGGAAGCUCAUCACCCCAAGCCAUCCGGUGGCUUCCCCGAAUGGCCACAGCCGUCAGGCUCUCCUCCUUUCUUCCCUCCCGUGCCUAGCGGCGGCAUUCCCACCCCUACCGGUGGUUUCCCCGCUCCUACCGGCGGUUUCCGGGCUUCCCAGGCUUCCCUCCUACUCCCAGCGUAA